AUGGAAGAAGAUUUCACAAUUGAGCCUUGGAAUGAUACAAUUAAACUUAUCACAAAUCCUAAAUCCCACAGACCAAAGAUUUCAUCAAAAUCUUUUAUAAGCAAUCGAAAAAUUUCUUUAUCCCCUGUCUGUGCCCGAACUUUUAAACAUAACUCCUCAAAUAAAAUUUCAGACUCUUACAUGUGCAAGGAUUCAAAGCCUACCUUCCCUUGUCCCAAGUACAAUAUAAAUCAUUCUUUUACCAGCAGAAAAAAUGAGCAAUCCAAAGCUUUUCCUAAACGAAACGAUAUUUCUGCAAUGAAAUCUUUGCUCGAAUACAAAAAACUUAUACGGUCAAUUGAUUCAGGAAUUUCAGGUGAUCCGUUUCUGUGGUCAAAUAAUAUUUAUGGCAUUGAAAGACUGCAGCACUUGUUUCCUUUAAAAGUAUCAAGCCAGCCCAAGUUCAAAUCAACCAAUUCUAUGGAAGUCCAAAAAUUAGAUUUUUUAAUUCCUGGGAUCUCUUCAAGAUCUUUAGUCCCAGGCCAUAAAACAAGAUCUUCUUCGAGCUUCAGAGCUGCAAAAGUAAAAAAAUGUUAA